AUGGGCUCCCUCCACGACUCACGCAUACACAAGUGGUUUGCGACCUCGCCGCCCGUCGCUUGGACAGUCAGACAGCUACGAGAGCUCCUUAUCGGGUCACUGAAGCAGGGCCCCAUCCCGCAACAUGUUGCCUUCGUGAUGGACGGCAACCGCCGGUUUGCGCGCAACCACCACAUUGAGACGGUAGAAGGACACAACCUUGGGUUUGAAUCAUUAGCGAGGAUCCUCGAAGUCUGCUACAAGACUGGCGUCAAGGUCGUCACCAUCUACGCAUUCAGCAUAGAGAACUUCAAGCGCUCCAAGCAUGAAGUCGAUGCCCUCAUGUCCAUGGCCAAGGUCAAGCUGCAACAAAUGGCAGAGCACGGAGCCUUGCUGGAUCGUUACGGCGCAUCCAUCCGGGUGCUGGGAGAGCGCGAGCUCCUCAGUCCCGAUGUACAAAUGGCUGUAGACAAGGCUGUUGCAAUGACAGCUCACAACAAGAAGGCUGUCCUCAACGUCUGCUUCCCCUACACUUCGCGACACGAAAUCACGACCGCAGUCAUGAAGACUGUCGAGACGUACGGCACGCCGAUACACAACCUGCCCACCCCUUCGAAGCGAACCUUUUCCGAGUCCCACAUCACCCAGCAUAUUCGCAAGCAAAUGUUGGAGGAGGAUACAGAGGGCCUUGCCGAGCAGGCUGAUUCGCGGCCAGCGUCACCCUCGAAAGAGGCGGCUCUGGCUGAAGACGGGCGUUCCUCGUCAACUUCGACCGCCAUCAACUCGCCUGAGAAGGAUGACUCAAAUAACGGGCCGACGUUUCUGGACCCAGAGUCCAUCAGCGCUCAGACGUUGAACGAUAACAUGAUGACGGCUGAUGCCCCGCCUCUUGACCUGCUAGUUCGCACCUCUGGCGUCGAGCGGCUGAGCGAUUUCAUGCUAUGGCAAGCCCACGAGAACACGUCCAUCGUGUUUCUCAAGUGUCUGUGGCCCGAGUUUGAUCUGUGGCAGUUUCUACCUGUGCUGGUAGAAUGGCAGUGGCAGCAGAAGAAGCUGCAAGAGGAACAACAACGGACCCGUGGGCGGUCCAAGUCAGACUGA